AUUCGCCCAUUGAUUCUGCAUCGCCCAUUGAGAUAACCUCACCUUACAUACUAGACACACUCUAGAAAAACUCUACCCCCCAGCAAAACCCUCCAAAAUGGCCGACGCAGGCGGCUGGAGCACAAUCGAAUCCGACGAAGGCGUCUUCACCUCCCUAAUCGAAAACCUAGGCGUAAAAGGCGUCCAAUUCGAAGAACUCAUCUCCCUAGACGCGGACACCAUCCGCUCCCUAAGCCCAGUCUACGGCGUAAUCUUCCUCUUUAAAUACCUCCGCGAUCAAACCCCUACAACUACAACUACCGCUCCUCAAGACGGCACAUACGUCCCUAAUCCCCCCGAAAACCUCUUCUUCGCCGCCCAAACCAUCCAAAACGCCUGCGGCACCCAAGCCAUCCUCUCCGUAAUCCUCAACCAAGACAGUCCCUCCUCAACCCCGCACCCAAUCGACAUCGGCCCCGAGCUCCGCGGCUUCAAAGACUUCACGACUGGCUUCCCGGCCGAUCUGCGGGGCGAGGCGCUCUCGAACUCGGAGACGAUCCGCACGGCGCAUAAUGCGUUUGCGAGGGCGAGUCCGUUCGUGGAUGAGACGGUGCGGACCGCGAGAGAUGAGGAGGGCGAUGUGUAUCAUUUUAUAGGAUAUACGGCUGUUGGGGGCACGUUGUAUGAGUUGGAUGGGUUGCAGCCGUAUCCGAUUAGUCAUGGGGAGUGUGAUGCGGGGCAGUUUCCGGAGAAGGUGAUUGGGGUUUUGCAGAGGAGGAUUGCGAGAUAUCCUGAGGGAGAGACGAGGUUUAAUUUGAUGGCUGUUGUGCGGGAUUUGAGGGUGCGGGCGAGGGAGAUGGGGGAUGGUGAGUUGUUGGAGAGGGAGGAGAGGAAGAGGAGGGCUUGGGAUUGGGAGAAUACGUUGCGGCGGUCCAAUUUUGUGGGGUUUAUUGGGGAGGUUUUGAAGGGGGUUGUUGGGAUGAAGGAGAAGGAGGGUAAGGUGGAUGAGUGGGUUCAAAAGGCGAAGGGGGAGACGGAGAGGAGAUUGAGACGGUGAUGUUUUUGAUCGUCUUAUCAAAUUGAACUUUUGUUAGUUACCCUUUGGUAGUUUUAGACACAUACCAUGUGAGCUACGUAAUGUAUUUUUAUGGAUGCG